CGAAAUUGCGCGAUACAUCAACAGUUUUCUCGGGAUGCACCAGGAUACCGAGGAGAUCCUGACGGAUAAUGGGGCAGAAUUUAGAGGGGAAGUCUUGAGGAAUCUGGUCCUACAUGGUGUCUCCAUUCGCAACACUGCUCCCCACAUGUCGCAAUCCAACGGAAUGGUAGAGAACGCCAAUCGAGUGAUUAAGACCGCCCUGCGAUCGCCCGAGGUUGAAGGGGGUGAGGUCUCGGACGACGAGGUAGAGUUGUUAAUCGUGCAGGCUUGGUGGACGGCUACGGAGGGAGAAGUGCUGGGGAUACUAUUCGGCAAGGUGGAAGACGGUCAUUUGGACGCAAUCACCGACGAGGUGUUGGUGUUCUUGGUGCAACUAGUGGACGAUUUGCCCCUCGAUAUUCGGUCGAGGUGUGACGAGAAGCCGACAACGGACGUGCUCACUCGCACACUUGCGUCCCAUCUCUUGUGGUCCAUGUGUACGGAGCUGGACGGAGAUAACUGCUUUUACCCGUCCCCGAGCCACUAUCUCGAGAUUGACGUCACCGAUCUCACACAGUGGGAUCCCUUCAUUCGGCGAGGGAACGCAAUAGAAGCCAACUACGAAGAAGAAGAAGAAGGAGAAGAGUCGGAGGAAGAAGAAUCGGGCACUAAUCAGGACGAUCUCGACUACAUUGGGUCAAAGGAAGAGGAAAGCGGAUCGGAAGAAGGCGGAGCGCAGGAGCCGAGCGUCCAUCCCCCACGAAGCGGGGAAGAGGAGGAGGCUGAAGCUCAGCGAAGGCAAGAGACAGAGGAGGGCAAGCGGUCGGUCGAGGAAUCUGAAGGACCGCCACCACAGUUGUUGCUAGGCCAUCCAUAGCUGAAUCCGGAGCCACCGCGCGAAGAUUCCAAUGGAGCCGC